AUGAAUAGAUUUGAAGAAGCUUUGGAGUAUUAUAAUUUAGCAAUUCAGAAAAACCCAGGAAAAGCAGAGUAUUUUAAUGGCAAAGGUAUAAAUUAAUGAUAAAUAUUAUUUUUUAGCGAUUGCUUUAAUGUCAAUGAAUAGAUUUGAAGAAGCCUUGGAGAAUUAUGAUUCAGCUAUUCAAAAAAACCCAGAAAACGCAGAUUAUUAUUACGGCAAAGGUAUAAUGUUAGUUAAUUAAUUAUAGCUGAUUUUCUAUAAAUUAUCAAUAGACUUGAAGAAGCUUUACUAUAUUAUGAUUCAGCUAUUCAGAAAAACCCAGAAAAAGUAGAUUAUUAUAAUGGCAAAGGUAUAAAUUAAUGAUGUAUAUAUCUUUUUAGCAAUUGCCCUAUUAAAAAUGAAUAGAUUUGAAGAAACUUUACAAUAUUUUGAUUCAGCUAUUCACAAAAAUCCAGAAAAAGCAGAUUAUUAUAAUGGUAAAGGUAUAAAUUAAUAAUGAAUAUUUUUUUUUAGCGAUUGCCUUAUUCAAAAUGGAUAGAUUUGAAGAAGCUUAAGAAUAUUUUGAUUCAGCUAUUCACAAAAAUCCAGAAAAAGCAGAUUAUUAUAAUGGUAAAGGUAUAAAUUCAUGAUAAAUAUUAUUUUUUAGCGAUUGCUUUAAGGUCAAUGAAUAGAUUUUAAGAAGCCUUGGAGAAUUAUGAUUCAGCUAUUCAGAAAAACCCAGAAAAAGCAGAUUAUUAUAAUGGUAAAGGUAUAAAUUAAUAAUGAAUAUUUUUUUUUAGCGAUUGCCUUAAUGUCAAUGAAUAGAUUUGAAGAAGCAUUAGUAUAAUAUGAUUAAGCUAUUGAGAAAAACCCAGAAUAAGCAGAGUAUUUUUAUGGCAAAGGUAUAAAUUCAUGAUAAAUAUUAUUUUUAGCGAUUGCCCUAAGGUCAUUGAAUAGAUUUCUAGAAGCAUUAGCAUGUUAUGAUUCAGCUAUAGAAAAAUAUCCAGAAGAAGCAGAAUAUUAUUAAGGCAAAGGUAUAUUAAUAAUAAAUAUUGUUAUUUAGCCAUUGCCUUAAUGUCAAUGAAUAGAUUUGAAGAAGCAUUAGUAUAAUAUGAUUAAGCUAUUGAGAAAAACCCAGAAUAAGCAGAGUAUUUUUAUGGCAAAGGUAUAAAUAACUAAUGUACAUUUCUUUUAAGCAAUUGCCCUAUUCAAAAUUAAUAGAUUUGAAGAAGCUUAACAAUAUUUUGAUUCAGCCAUUCAUAAAAACCCUGAACAAGCAGAUUAUUAUAAUGUCAAAGGUGUGAAUUCAAGAUAAAUAUUUUUUAGCGAUUGCAUUAUAAACAAUGAAUAGAUUCGAAUCAGCCUUGAAGUAUUUUGAUUAAGCUAUUCAAAAAAACCCAGAAAAUGCAGAUUAUUAUUACUGCAAAGGUAUCGUGAUAGUUAAUUAAUUAUAGCUGGUAAUCUAGAGAAUAUGAAAAGAUUCGAAUAAGCAUUGGUUAAUUACGAUUCUGCGAUUAUGAAAAACCCAGAAGAAGCAGAUUAUUAUAAUGGCAAAGGUAUAAAUUUAUGAUAAAUAUUUUUUUUAGCGAUUGCCUUAAGGUCAAUAAAUAGAUUUCAAGAAGCUUUGGAGAAUCAUGAUUCAGCUAUUCAGAAAAACCCAGAAAAUGCAGAUUAUUAUAAUGGCAAAGGUAUAAAUUAAUAAUCAAUUUUUUUUUUAGCGAUUGCCUUAUACAAAAUGGAUAGAUUUGAAGAAGCUUUACAAUAAUUUGAUUAAGCUAUUCAAAAAAACCCAGAAAAAUCGGAUUAUUAUAAUGGCAAAGGUAUAAAUUAAUAAUGAAUAUUUUUUUUUAGCGAUUGCGUUAAAGAAUAUGAAUAGAUUAGAAUCAGCCUUGGAGUAUUUUGAUUAAGCUAUUCAAAAAAACCCAGAAAAUGCAGAUUAUUAUUACGGCAAAGGUAUAAUGAUAGUGAAUUAAUUAUAGCUGAUAUUCUAAAGAAUUUGAAUAGAUUUGAAGAAGCCUUGGAAAAUUAUGAUUCAGCUAUUCAGAAAAACCCAUANCAUGAUAAAUAUUAUUUUUUAGCGAUUGCUUUAAGGUCAAUGAAUAGAUUUUAAGAAGCCUUGGAGAAUUAUGAUUCAGCUAUUCAGAAAAACCCAGAAAAAGCAGAUUAUUAUAAUGGUAAAGGUAUAAAUUAAUAAUGAAUAUUUUUUUUUAGCGAUUGCCUUAAUGUCAAUGAAUAGAUUUGAAGAAGCAUUAGUAUAAUAUGAUUAAGCUAUUGAGAAAAACCCAGAAUAAGCAGAGUAUUUUUAUGGCAAAGGUAUAAAUAACUAAUGUACAUUUCUUUUAAGCAAUUGCCCUAUUCAAAAUUAAUAGAUUUGAAGAAGCUUAACAAUAUUUUGAUUCAGCCAUUCAUAAAAACCCUGAACAAGCAGAUUAUUAUAAUGUCAAAGGUGUGAAUUCAAGAUAAAUAUUUUUUAGCGAUUGCAUUAUAAACAAUGAAUAGAUUCGAAUCAGCCUUGAAGUAUUUUGAUUAAGCUAUUCAAAAAAACCCAGAAAAUGCAGAUUAUUAUUACUGCAAAGGUAUCGUGAUAGUUAAUUAAUUAUAGCUGGUAAUCUAGAGAAUAUGAAAAGAUUCGAAUAAGCAUUGGUUAAUUACGAUUCUGCGAUUAUGAAAAACCCAGAAGAAGCAGAUUAUUAUAAUGGCAAAGGUAUAAAUUUAUGAUAAAUAUUUUUUUUAGCGAUUGCCUUAAGGUCAAUAAAUAGAUUUCAAGAAGCUUUGGAGAAUCAUGAUUCAGCUAUUCAGAAAAACCCAGAAAAUGCAGAUUAUUAUAAUGGCAAAGGUAUAAAUUAAUAAUCAAUUUUUUUUUUAGCGAUUGCCUUAUACAAAAUGGAUAGAUUUGAAGAAGCUUUACAAUAAUUUGAUUAAGCUAUUCAAAAAAACCCAGAAAAAUCGGAUUAUUAUAAUGGCAAAGGUAUAAAUUAAUAAUGAAUAUUUUUUUUUAGCGAUUGCGUUAAAGAAUAUGAAUAGAUUAGAAUCAGCCUUGGAGUAUUUUGAUUAAGCUAUUCAAAAAAACCCAGAAAAUGCAGAUUAUUAUUACGGCAAAGGUAUAAUGAUAGUGAAUUAAUUAUAGCUGAUAUUCUAAAGAAUUUGAAUAGAUUUGAAGAAGCCUUGGAAAAUUAUGAUUCAGCUAUUCAGAAAAACCCAUAAGAAGCAGAUUAUUAUAGUAGCAAAGGUAUAAAUAAUUAUAAAUAUAUCUUUUUAGCAAUUGCAUUAAGGUCAAUAAAUAGAUUUCAAGAAGCCAUGUAGAAUUAUGAUUCAGCUAUUCAAAAAAACCCAGAAAAUGCAGAUUAUUAUUAUAGCAAAGGUAUAUAUAAUUAUGAAUUUUUUUUUCUAGCUAUUGCUUUAUUCAAAAUGAAUAAAUUUGAAGAAGCCUUGGAAAAUUAAGAUUAAGCUAUUCAAAAAAACCCAGAAGAAGCAGAUUAUUAUAAUAGCAAAGGUAAAAUUUAUUAUUUAUAUUUCUUUUUAGCAAUUGCAUUAAGGUCAAUAAAUAGAUUUCAAGAAGCCUUGUAGAAUUAUGAUUCAGCUAUUCAAAAAAACCCAGAAAAUGCAGAUUAUUAUAAUGGCAAAGGUUAAAAUAAUAAUGAAUAUUUUUUUUUUAGCCAUUGCCUUAAGGUCAAUAAAUAGAUUUGAAGAAGCUUUACAAUAUUAUGAUUCAGCUAUUCAAAAUAACCCAGAAAAUGCAGAUUAUUAUUACGGCAAAGGUAUAAUGAUAGUUAAUUAAUUAUAGCUGAUAUUCUAUACAUUAUGAAUAGAUUUGAAGAAGCUUUGCAAUAUUUUGAUUCAGCUAUUCAAAAAAACCCAGAAAAAGCAGAUUAUUAUAAUGGCAAAGGUAUAAAUUUAUGAUAAAUAUUUUUUUUAGCGAUUGCCUUAAGGUCAAUAAAUAGAUUUGAAGAAGCUUUACAAUAUUAUGAUUCAGCUAUUCAAAAAAACCCAGAAAACACAGAUUAUUAUUACGGCAAAGGUAUAAUGUUAGUUAAUUAAUUAUAGCUGAUAUUCUAUACAUUAUCAAUAAAUUUGAAGAAGCUUUACAAUAUUAUGAUUCAGCUAUUCAGAAAAACCCAGAAAAAGCUGAUUAUUAUAAUGGCAAAGGUAUAAAUUAAUGAUGUAUAUUUCUUUUUAGCAAUUGCCCUAUUCAAAAUGAAUAGAUUUGAAGAAACUUUACAAUAUUUUGAUUCAGCUAUUCAAAAAAACCCAGAAAAUACAGAUUAUUAUUAUUGCAAAGGUAUAAUGAUAGUUAAUUGAUUAUAGCUGAUAUUCUAAAGAAUAUGAAUAGAAUGGAAGAAGCUUUACAAUAUUUUGAUUCAGCUAUUCAGAAAAACCCAGAAAAAGCUGAUUAUUAUAAUGGCAAAGGUAUAAAUUAAUGAUGUAUAUUUCUUUUUAGCAAUUGCCCUAUUCAAAAUGAAUAGAUUUGAAGAAACUUUACAAUAUUUUGAUUCAGCUAUUCACAAAAAUCCUGAAAAAGCAGAUUAUUAUAAUGGCAAAGGUAUAAAUUAAAGAUAAGUUUUUUGUUUAGCGACUGCUUUAUUCAAAAUGAAUAGAUUUCAAGAAGCAUUGCAGUUUUAUGAUUCAGCUAUUCAGAAAAAUCUAGAAUAAGCAGAGUAUUUUAAUGGCAAAGGUAUAAAUAAAUGAUGUAUAUUUCUUUUCAGCAAUUACUCUAUUCAAAAUGAAUAGAUAUGAAGAAGCUUUAGAAUAAUUUGAUUAAGCUAUUCUUAAGAACCCAAAAAAUGCAGACUAUUAUAUUGGUAAAGGUAUUUAUUUAUCUUAAAUUUUCAAGCCAUUGCUCUAUCACAUUUGUCAAACUUUGAUUCAGCUUUGAAAUAUUGUAAAUGUGCAAUUUUGAAAGACCCAAAUAAUGCCAAUUAUCAAUUGGUUGAAAGUAAUAUUUCUUAUUUUAAUAAAUAGAUUAAUUAAAAUUAAACAACCAUAAAUUUAAUAAUUAUUGAAC